CUAACAAGCAGACUCGUUCGAUUUGAGAAGUCGGAGCUGCAGGCUCUGAGCUUUUAAAUUAUGCCAAACAUGAAUUAGCAUGCAUAACUGAAAUGAGCAUGUCUCCAUUGGCUUACCGGAGAGGCUGUUCCGAAUCUACCUGGAGUGGUGCACUCAGCCAGGCACAGUGGCUCCCGGAGUCCUCGUCACUGAUACGCUCGCUGAAUUGCAACCAGACCGGCCUUGGGCGAUUGGCGCGCGUCCUUUCGUCGCCAGUUCAGAUCUAUAACGACCUGCUGUGGCAGUCGGGGCCCAAGGCGCCGCGCUGGGUGCAGGGACAAAUUGGCGUGACGGCCCGCCGGCUGUUCAUUGAGCUGCUUUUACCGCCCGCUGUCUACCGCACCGCCUCGCCUUGCUUCUGGUGCUGGUGCUACUGGUGCUUCUGGGACUGCUACUGCCGCGGCGGAGGCUGCGGCAGUGGGGGAGAACGACAUUAUGUCGAUUUCAGCCUGCGCUGGUACCCGCUGAUGGACAUUGUGCUCGGCCUCAUGCACCCGACGUCUUUCCCAGCGGAGUUGGUCUAUGCCGCGUUCAGCCUGGCUUGCAUGCUGCUGCUGGCCGUGUGCCCGCCCGGUCUGCGCCUGGCGCCGCCGGCUGGCUUCUUCGCGCCGCUGCAGCUGGCCAAGUGCGCCGCCAGCAGCGGACUGCUGGUGGCGCUGGAGGCAUGGCGCUGCCGCCUGGCGCGCGGGGGUGCUCGCGUGGGGGCGGGUGGGCAGGGCCCUGGCCACGGCUUGGUGGAAGGUGGCAUGGGUGCUGGCGGCAGCCGCAGUGGAGUCAGGGCGCCGAUGGCCGCGGCGGCCGGGAUGCGGCCGGAUGGCGCGGCCGGCGCCGGCCCUAGCAAGAGCUGGAGCGGCGGCGCAGAUGCUGAUGCAGCUAAGCCGGGGCCGAUGGGAUCGACAGGCCUGACGAGGUCUGGAGCUGGCAGCGCGGGCGGCAGCAAGGAUGCCGCUGACGGUUCGGAGGCUGUUGGGGCAUGGGAGUGGGAGUGCGGCUGGCAGGCGGGUGGGAAAGGCGCGUGCGGGGCAGGGUUGGAGCCAAUGACAGGGCAGGUGCCCGCAGCAGUGCAGGGCUGGCACGCGCCGCCGCCUCCAGUGCCGGGUGCAGCCGUGUGCGUGCCCGGUGGGCACCCGCCUCCCGCUCCCAGGCCCUUCUCGCCGCCUGCCGCAGCCGGCGCCAACCACUUGCGGCGCCAGGGCAGCGGUAGGAGCAGCAGCAGCAGCAGCAGCAGCAGCAGCAGCAGCAGCAGCAGCAGCAGCAGCAGCAGCAGCAGCAGCAGCAGCAGCAGCAGCAGCAGCAGCAGCAGCAGUGUUUGCACCAUUGGUGACGCAGCCAGGCGCAGUCACUCCGAAUCCACCACUGACACGCUUGAGACCAUGGCUGUAGCAAUGGUUGCAGCCGAAGCGGCGGAAGCGGAGGCGGUUGGCGGGUUCCAGGGUGCCGACAGCGGCGGCUCAGCCGCGCCAGCGGAGAGGGGCAGCGAGGCGCCGCGGCCGCAGGUAGUUGCAGCCGCGGCUGGGGCGGCUGCGGCUGCGACUGCGGCUGCGACUGCGGCUGCGGCUGAGGCCGAGGCUGUAGCAGAGGCUGUAGCAGAGGCGGCGCCGCCACAUCCGGCCCCGAGUCAGGUGCUGCACGCGCACGUGUACCGCCUGGGGGGCUGUCCCCCAGGAGACGAGGACGUCCUCGCUACCACUGCGCAGGACGUGCCCUCCGGCGGAGCACCGGUGGCGGCGCCGGCGCCCGCGCUAGUGGCCGAGCUGCAAGUGGCUGCGGCAGCUGCAGGGGGGCUGCCAGUCUCGGUUGUGCCGGUGGCGGCGGCACGCCGUGCCAACUUCCAGCAGCUGCUGCGCGCCGCCCUGGAGCACCACAUGGCGGCUCAGCAGCGGUUGCUGCAGGUGCCGCAAAACCAUGGCGAGGCCGUUGUAACCAACCUCCGCGUGGAGUACGUCACUGGCGCCCGGCCGCACGUGCCGUACCAUGUUCGUACGUGCCUGUACAGCGCGCGCGUGAAGCUGGGCGGCUGCGAUCCCGGGCAGCUGCCAGGCGGCUACCAGCGGCGCCUGGCGGCGGCGGUGGGCGGCUGGGGUCUGACCCUGGAGGCGGUGACGGUGCGGCGCGGCUGCAUGGAGCUGGUGGUGGACGCUCGCGGCAUGCACAUGGGGUUUGAAGAUGGUGGUGACAACUAUGGCGGCCAGCAUGUCGACAGCGACGCCCCUGCCGCCGCCGCCGCCGCCGCCGUUGGCAGCCCUGCUGCUGCGUUCGACACUGGCGCUGGCGCUGGCGUUGGCACUGGCUCCCGCAGUGGAGGCGGAGGUGGAGGUGCAGGUGGAGGUGGGGAUGGCGGUGGCGGUGGCGAGCUGGGUGGGGUUCAUGGCGUCGUGGCGGUGGGCAGCACGCUGGAGGCACCGCUGCGCAACACGAGCGGCCGGCCGCCGCGCUCGCCAGCGCGGUCGGCGCCGGCGCAGCCAGUUGCUGACCCCUCGGUCGGCUCUGUGGCGGUGGGCUCGCAACUUGCAGACAUGGCAGCCGUGUUCAGUCGCGAGUCCGCAAUGGUGCCUGGCUACGGCACUGCCGCCGAGGGCAUAGGCGGCGUCCGCAGCGUUGGCGGCGGCGGCGGUGCUGGCUCUUCGGUGCUGACGCAGCGUCAGCCCGGAGCAGGUGGCGGCGGCGGCGGCGGCAGCCUUAGUGCCAACGGAGGCGGCGGCGUGCUUAUUGACGUGGUGGACGUGGGCGCGCUGAUCCGGGCACUCAAGAUGCCGUCGCCGGAUCAGCAAUCCUUGGAUCUAGAUCUGGCGCCCGCCAGCGACGGCUACAGCACAUCGCCAACGCACGGCCCCCGUAAUGGGGGCGGCGCCAGGGCUGGUUUGGAUUUCGGCGGUGGCGGCGACGGUGGCGGCGAAGAUGGAGGCGGCUGGUACGACGGCGACGGCGGCUAUCGGUUCGGUGCUGACGUGGACAGCUGCGGCAUUGGCGGCGAGGGUGCUGGGGCCUGGCACGAGUGUGGGUACGGCGGGUACGGCGCCGGCAGCCACGUGCUGCCGUCGGCGGCGGUGGUGGGCGUGUCGGCAGGCCCGCACAUGGCGGCGCUGCUGCUGCCCGUGCCGCAGCCGCAGUCGCCGCAGCCGCAGUCGCCGCAGUCGCCGCAGUCACCGCAGCCGCCGGAGCCGCUGCUGGCGGCGGGCAGGCACAUGGCGGAGGAGUACCUCCUGAUACCCGCGGAGUCCGAAGAGGUGGAGGCGCAGGUGGAGGAGUCGCAGGUGGAGGUAGAGGCAGGGGAGACGGCAGCGGAGCGAGAGGAGGUGAAGGGGGAGGCGAUGGGCAGCAAACCCAUCGACACGUGCUCGGAUGCAGGAGACGUUUCCAGGGAUGAGCAGCAGCCAGGCAGCAGCCACAACUCGGCACAGCUGGAGCAUGAGGCGAAGGUGCUACAGCCGCUGCAGCCGUUGCAGCCGCUGCUGGGGCCGCUACAGCCGCCGGCCCACCAGGGCCUGCAGCUGCCGCCCGACCUGCGGGAGCAGCUGCUGCAUCUGCAGCAGGAGCUGCAGCAGCAGCGGCGCCGCGGCACUGCUGCAGGCGCUCUUGCUGCCGGCGGAAUCGGCGGCGCCCGCGGUGGUGGCGCCUGCGGUGGUGUUCGGGACCAGCUCCGGCGGCUGCAGCAGCAGGGCACGGCCUCGGCCUCAGCCUCGGCGGCGGCGGCGGCGGCGGCAGGCCAAAUGACGGUGAUUAACGUCGCAGCGGCGGUCGCAACCGCGCCCGCCGCAGCUGGCGCCGCCGGCGUACAGCCGGUCCACGCCGUGGCCGUGCGCAUCCCGGCGACGGCGGAGGGCCGACCGGCGCGUGGCCUGCCGCCGUCACUGAUGCUGGGCACAGGCAACGCCGCAGGCGCAGCAGGCGUCACACGCGCCGCGUCCGCUGCGCCGGCCCUGCCUUCCAACCUGGCGCUCACCCCGCCUCCGACACGGCCGCCGGCGUCGUGCUUGCUUGGGCCGGGCGCACAAGGAAGCGUCCAGCAGCAGCAGCAGCAGCAGCAGCAGCAGCAGCAGCAGCAGCCGCAGCAACAGCUGCAGCACCUGCAAUUGGUGGGCAUGAUCCGCACGCCUGGCGCCGUGCUGCGCGUAGCCUCGGGACAUGCGGUGGCGACGGCAGCAGCGCCGACAGCACUACCAGCACUGGCUGCUCCUGCAGCGCCGCACCGCCGUCACGGCUACUUACCCCAGCUCUUGGACGUGCACCCGCGCGUGUUGCUGGUGGGCGGAGCUGCCGCCGCGGCAUCCGGGCUUCCUGCGCCGCUGCUGCGGCCGCGGCCCCUCCAAUCCUUGGCCCUGGUUGUGUCCUGGGUGCCGCAGAGCGGCUCCUCAGCUGCCCCUCCGCCUCCGCAGCUGCAGCCAGCCGUUGGCGCUUCUGGCAUUGCUGACGUCAGCGCGGCGCAGCUGCCGGCGGCGCACGUGCUGCUGCGCUCCCAGCGUGACUUCCUCGCAGUGGCGCACAUCUCGCCCGCGGCGGCGCCGCCUGCCGUCGGCUGCACCGCCGGUGCCGCCGCGGCGGCGCCGGUAUUGGCGGCGCCGUCCGGAUCCACGGAUUGCGAGGUGCUGUACAGUGUGGAUCUUACAACCGAGGCGCGCGACCUGCGACCUGGGUCUGUCCUGGUUGAGGUGAAGCUUACGUCAGCCGAGCGCGCGGGUGCCGCUGACGGCGGUGAUGGCGGCAGUCAUGGUGGUGAUGGCGGCGGUCAUGGGGGUGAUGGCGGCGUCAGGGCGGCUGGCGGCCUGCCGCCGCCGCCGGCGCUGUCGGUGGUGCCGGUGCUGCUGGUGGAUGACGCGGGCGUGGCGGCGGAGCUGCAGGCUGCUGUGGACAGCUGGGUUGGCAGCCCUGACGAGCUGGACGGGCUGCUUCACGACUUGGGCGCGUUGCUCAGCCUGCAGCAGGAGCUGGCCGAGCGCGCGGCGCGCGCCCACCUGCAGGCCCGCGUCGGCUCGUCCGCCCCGGCCGUUGCCGCCGCAGCAGCAGCGGCAACAGCCUCUGCGGCGGGUGGUGGUAGCAGCGCUUGGCGUGCGACAGAGGAGGCUGCGGGGAUGGGCCCGGGUGCGGGGCAAGGUCCGGGGUUCGGGGCGCAGGUGGAGACGGCGGCGCUGUGGGCGCGCGUGGCGGCGCUGCACAGCCAUCUGUGUGCCCAUGCCCACGCGGUGGGCUGGUCCCGGCUGCGGGCGUGGCUGGAGGCACGGCGGCGGGCGGCGGUGGCGGCGACGAUGGCAGUGGGCGGCGGCCUGCGGCUGCCGCCAGCCGCACCUGCUGCGGCUCUUGCGCCUGCACCGGCAGUGCCAGCCGCAGCACCCACAGCAGUAGCCGCUACAUCGCUAGCACCAGAAACAGCACUAGCAUCAGGUGCAGCACCAACACGCACGGCUGCGCCCGCCCUGCGGCCUGCACCUGCACCACGGGGGGUGAUGACUCCUCCAGCUGCUGACACCGACUGCCCCGAGCGUGCCGCGCAUACCCCGCCGGAGACGGUGGCUCUGGCCUCGGACGCAAUAGCCUCCGUCACCGCGGGCCUGGUAGUCACCACAGCCGAUGCGCCCAUUUUCAACGUGAAGCCGGAGCAAACGAUGGCUUCGCCACACACCCACAAGCUCGGUGAUGGUGCGGCGGCGGCGGUGGUGGUUGGAGAGGCAGAGGCAGUGCCAACAGCCGAGUCACGGGUGCUCGCCGCACUGCAUGCUCCCGCCGCAGCCCCAGCCGCAGCUGCCGGCGGCGCUGUCGGCAGCAAGCGCUGGCAGGGGCUGCAGCAGCGGUGGGUGCAGCUGCGGGCGCUGUGGCGGCGGCUGGCGGUGUUGCUGGUGGCGGCGGCGCUGCAGCGGCCGGUGCCGGGCGACUCGGUUGAGACGGCGGCGGCGCAUCGCGCGUAUGCGGCCAACUUCGCAACCAACAUGAUGAACGUGAUGCAGGUGUUUGAGCUGGUGGCUGGCGCCACGUGCUUGGUCAGCAGCGGCGGCUGGGCGGACAGCGACAAGGCCUGUGUGGUGGCGGGCGUGGCGGUGGGGCUGGCGCUGGCGGCCGCCUGGCUGGUGCUGCCGGGGCACACGUGGCGGCGCUGGUCGGCGGGCUCCAGGUGGCCGCGCCAGGCAGGCUACACACUGGCUAAGUUCAUGGUUUCGUACCUGGGCUUCUCGCAGCCGCCCAACACGGUGCGACAUGAGCUGAGCUUCAGCAUAUUCGUCGUGGAGGGUCUCAUCGUGCCGGCAGCAGUGCUGAUGACGCCUGCUGAGUCGGUGCUGGUGGGCCUGGUCCGGGCGCCGCUGUGCGUGCGCAUGUGGUGGCUGCACACGUUGGCGCCCACAGCAGCAGCAGCAGCACUGGCAGGAGCACCAGCGGGCUCAAGCUACAGCCUCACGGGGCUCGUGGCGCGCGCGCUGUGCCUCGCUGCUACAGCCUCUUGCGCCACCCUCGCGGUGCACGUGUUCAUUCGUCUGUCGUUUGAGCGCAACUGUCGCGCGAUGCGGGGUGUGCCAGCAGGUGCCAACGGCAGCAAUGGUGUUGGUGUGACAGCGGGCGUGGCGGCGGGCGACGCGGCCCUAGCUGGCGCACUGGGUGAUGACAGCGGUGGCGCCGGCGCGGAGGACGUGACGGCGCUGGGGAAGAAUCCGUCAAGUCCGGGUGUUGGAUUGGCGGCAUUGAAGGCAAAGGACCAAUGAGCACGCCGGGCGUGCCUGCGGCAUAGACGACGUCAAAUCGGUCUUUCAAUCCUCGAGGUGGGUUUAGGUUUGUGUGGACUCCUGGCAUGUGCGCCGAUGUCACAAUAAGCAACAUCGGCUAAAGUUAGGGUUGGGUCAGUGUAUGAUUGAUGCCAUUUUAUCAGGUGUAGGAUGUGGCCGGAGACUGUGGCAACGUUUGCGCAUCUGAUGCACGGCACGCCAGCGACUGAUGUGCAGCACUAGUUGUUCCUAGAAUAGAUAUAUAAAGACGCUCGGAAAAAGGGCUCUGAAGCAUUGGCUUCAUGCAUGGCGUUUCGUAUCUUACACUGUAAGUUGAGCCCAGGGCACCCAACCCAAGUGCUCUGGUGUCGGGCGAGGUUGUGCGGAUUCGAGGGGCGCUGGAGUGCGGGCUGCGGUGCAGUCAUUAUGAGUAUUGGACGCAUGUGACUUUGAAUGCGUGUGUAUGGGCCAACAGUGUCCUGAUUGCAGGCAGCAUGGCUGCAUGGUGGCGGGGUGGUGCUGGUUAGGUGCAACUGGGGGACAAAGGGCGUGAAAGGUGCGGUGGCGGCUGGUUCGGUACAGAAGCCGGCGACGGGUCUGCCCGCCUUGCUUGGUGGCCAGAGUGUGGGGUUGCAUUGCGGAAUUUGCGGGGAGCAGGUGCGCGCGUAUGCGGCUGCCCUUGUGCACCAGAGGCAGACAGCCAUGCUACGUGGACGCACGUGAGAUGCGGUAGCGGGCAGGGGGAUUGUGUCUAACAAUUGGCAGAUGGUAAGAGCAGGCUUGCAUGUAUAAUGCAUGUAUGAUGCAUAGAUGAGUGACAUGGAGAAGGGCCGAGCCGGAAAGUGGCUAUUGGCGCGUAACAGUACAAACUCGGCCUGUUACGCGCCAAUGCCCUCCCCGCGCAAACCAGCAGCGCAAUGGGUCCCAUGGGUCCCAUGCGUUGUCCUAGCUGUAAGCUUUGUCUCCAUCACUCUAGACACCAAUACACCACUCAUCAAUCGAGUUCAAUAAUAUGGCUGGCUUGGAUACCGUAUAUAGCCAGCCAAUGUGGUGAUUUACUGUUACUAUCAACGUGAUAUAUAGGAGGUUCAGGGUUUCAUGCCCAUCUGGGGUAAAUGCAACUGCGAGAGGUCAGAGUAUUUCUGGCCUUGAUCUGUUAAUAUGUGAGGUGGUUGCAGGCCUGCGGGUUUCUUCAGCGCUAGCCCUCUGACGCCGUUCCAGUAUAUCGCGUGUACCGGGCGUAGACCAAUUGUUGCGUCAUGUGGGAGCGCAAUGGCAAGAGCCUCGUAUGCCACAGUUGAUCCGGACGCAGUCAGCUGGCGAGGGCGGGUUGCAGCCAGCAGUACCGUAGUACUGGUGUCCGGGCCGCAGAUUGGGCAUGCUCUUGGGCAUGCUUGGUGAUGCUGGACAGCGGCCCGACUGGUCAGCACACCGAAGUUCUGCAGCCCGCUUACCUGCGCCACCCUGGUGUACGGCGGGGCAACACCCUAUAACAGUGGAUCGGACACUGGUAAUACUCGGUGGGAUCCGGCACCGUGAGUCUUUGCCUCUUUGGCCAUGCGGCUUGUUGCAGGACCGGGCUAAAACAGCUACCUCCGGAGCGUUUUAGGCUUCUUAGUUCAC